AUGGUAGCAAUCAAACACUCGGUCGUCCUCUUGGCGUCACUCGCCACAUUCAGCACCGCACUCCCUGGCCCGGGACAAUGGCAAGAGCCUAACGGAGCACCCGCUGGUGUUUCCCAAGGUGCAGGCCACACUGGCAUUCAACAGGGUGUCGGUGCGGCUAAGGUUGAGCCGCACCCAUCUGCAACCCCGUCUGCCAUCUAUAAGGGUGCAUCGUCCGCACAACAUAAAGCUGAAGGCUCGAGCGGCAUUCACGAAGCACAGCAUAAGAACGCUGGCGGCUCUCCCAAUGGCCAUGCCGCCUUUCCUCCUGGAAAUUCGGCAGAGCACAAGUGGCAAGGCGGUUCCACUUCGCAAAGCCACCCUCGAGACAUCGAGCAUGGAGAGCACCACGCGGCUCCCGCUCAUGCUGAGACAGCUGACGACGCUGUAGCAGACAUCAGAUUUCCCCAUCUCAAGCCUACCCACGAGUCUGGCGACCUGCACACCCACGAGGCUCGCGGCACGGUCCGCGGCAUGUACGAGUGCAUGAACAAGAACUUUGUGAUGCCCUGCACAUACACACCCGUAACCAGCGGGCAGUGCUACAAUGCCAACUACGGUAACCAGGGGUCCAUGGGCCCCGACAAGGGUCUCAGCUGCACUCUUUACGAGCGGCCAGACUGUAACAAGAUCAAUUCAGGCUGGGGACACGCUGGAGGCUUCGAGUGGCCCGGCAUCAAGAACUACCAGAUCAGCUACUUGCUGACCUUGGCGGGCUUUCCUGAUACUGGACCCAAGAGCUACAGGUGCACCUUCACCUCUGAGAAGAAGGGCGGUUAA